AAUUGAUGCACACAUGCUGCUUCUUAUGGUGUAGCCACCUCACUGUUCUGUUAUCAAAUAUUUUCUUCCAUAACUACCUUGCCGCAGUAUGGGCAUAAUGACUGAAGCUUUUCAGACGCAUUUAAGGAGCUGAUAAAUAAAGUAAUGGAAUGGAAGGGACAAGGCAACACAGCAUCACAUAACAGCCAUCGUAAAGCGAAACUUCUCAAGUUUUUCAGCACCUACGAUACAACAAACGACAUUUUUGUUUUCCUCAGAUUAGUAGUAGCUGUCCAGAUAUGCUCGCACAGCGGCCAGUAUGGAAAUCUUAUUCCUGGGCUCGGAGAAGAUUACAGUCUGAAAGAUUGGUGCUUCCAGAACGUCACCUUACCUCGUGAGUUUACGGACCAUGUUAUGAUGACGGCCUUGGCCACAGCGCUUGAGGUACCCCUCAGACUGGAGCGACUCUAUGGAGGAGGGUCUGCUGAAGAUAAUAUCUACACUGGUCCUGGAGCUGUGAGAGUGACCUUGCUGUACACGGGUAAUCACUACGACAUCAUCUACCCAUGCGCUCCUCCUGCCGAGAGUUCAAGUCGACAGGAUUCCCAGAGGGAAAGCCCUGCUGGUUAGAGUUCAAGUCAACAGAUUCUGCUGUGCUAAGUUGAGUUUGACUGCUGCCUAUGAACGAGAGCGUUGCUGAGGUGGUAGAGUUAGACAUAGACUGAUUCAGUAGGGUUAGGGGUAGGCAUAGCAUACCUUGUGCAUUCUUCUUCUGUUGGCCCAAACUGCUGGUUCGGAUUGAUUGAUCAGAAGCUGCUCCCUUGUCUGAAGAAGAACGUGUUUUUUAUUUUGUUUGAAUUGUUGGCUGGUAUACAGAGAAUCUUCGGCGGUAUCAAUGCAUCAAUUGCUCUGUCGUUUCUUCAGGA